AUGGAUGGUGAACAAAGAAGCAUCGUUGAAAAGAUGAAUCAACCGCUUCUAAUAACCGUAACCGAUACGGAGCAAGUCCCGGAACUCCGACCAAUAUCAGCCCCGAACGCCCGAGAAUCGGAACCAGCUAACAUCUCACAGUGGUCACUACUUGUGAAACUCUUUCUAGCCAUCACAAUCAUUAGCGCUUUCGUUGCAUGUGUCUCGUUUAUCAUAUGGAUUACUCCAACUCCACCCACCGUUCAGGUACACUCCAUGCAUAUAUCGUUCACUAAUCACAAUCUCCCGGUAUGGUCCGCAAUGUUCUCUAUCAAAAACCCUAACAAGAAACUCCACGCCACGUACGAGAAUCCCUCAGUGUGGCUGGUUCACCGGAGAAGGAUCGUGUCGACUGUUAAAUCCGAGUCUCUCCGGCAGAAAGGCGGAGAGGAGAACGAGGUGAUCGUGAAGGGAGACGAAACUAAAGUUAUCGAUGAAGAGGCGGCUUGGGAAAUGUGGGAUGAAGUUGUGGUGACAGGAGGUAUGGUGGGUCUUGAUAUGGUGUUUUUUGGGACAGUAGGGUUUUAUCCAGGAGCUUCUGCUUUAUGGGGAGAACAGUACAUGUCGGCAGUCUGUGAGAAUGUGAGAGCUAAGUUGUAUAAUGUUGAUGACAAAAUCCAUGGGACAAACAGGUCGGUUUUGUCUUUUGAUGGUCGACUAGAAUGUCGUGUACGUCUCCCUAGAUAUCCUUAA